AAGGCUGGAUGACGCGCGGUGCGGCGCUACUGUGCUAGACCCGCUCCGCUGCCGCGUGUCCGGCUCCGGCCUCCCAGGAGUUAUUGGACCUUCUGAAAGCCAUCCUUGGAUCUCAGGUGGAAAAUCUGUAUUCUAGUCUGAACAGUGAGAAAUAAGAAUCAUUGGUCUGUGGUUUUCCUACUUGGAGGACAUAAUGUUUUCUAAGCUAGCGCAUCUGCAGGCUGUUGCCGUGCUUCGCCGUGGAGUUCAUUCUUCAGUGGCUUCUGCCACAUCUGUUGCAACUAAAAAGACAGUCCAAGGACCUCCAUCCUCGGAUUAUAUUUUUGAACGGGAAUCUAAAUAUGGUGCACAUAAUUACCACCCUUUACCUGUCGCCCUGGAGAAAGGGAGAGGUAUUUAUGUGUGGGAUGUAGAAGGAAGAAAAUAUUUUGACUUCCUGAGUGCUUACAGUGCUGUCAACCAAGGGCACUGUCACCCCAAGAUCGUGAAUGCUCUGAAGAGUCAGGCGGACAAGCUGACCUUAACAUCGCGGGCUUUCUACAAUAACAUACUUGGUGAAUAUGAGGAGUAUGUUACCAAACUGUUCAAUUACCACAAAGUUCUUCCCAUGAAUACAGGAGUGGAGGCCGGGGAGACUGCCUGCAAACUUGCACGCCGGUGGGGCUACUCUGUGAAGGGCAUUCAGAAAUACAAGGCCAAGAUUGUGUUCGCAGCUGGAAACUUUUGGGGUAGAACAUUAUCUGCUAUCUCCAGUUCCACAGACCCAACCAGUUAUGAUGGCUUUGGACCCUUUAUGCCGGGUUUUGAAAUUAUCCCAUAUAAUGAUCUUCCUGCACUUGAGCGUGCUCUUCAGGAUCCCGAUGUUGCUGCCUUCAUGGUAGAACCAAUUCAGGGUGAAGCUGGCGUUGUUGUUCCUGAUCCAGGCUACCUAGUGGGAGUGAGAGAACUCUGCACCAGGCACCAGGUCCUGUUUAUUGCUGAUGAGAUUCAGACAGGGUUGGCCAGGACUGGCAGAUGGCUGGCUGUCGAUCAUGAAAAUGUCAGGCCUGACCUGGUUCUUCUUGGAAAGGCCCUUUCUGGUGGCUUAUACCCUGUGUCCGCGGUGUUGUGUGAUGAUGAAAUCAUGCUGACCAUUAAACCAGGGGAGCAUGGCUCUACAUACGGUGGCAAUCCACUAGGCUGCCGCGUGGCCAUUGCAGCUCUUGAGGUUUUGGAAGAAGAAAACCUUACUGCAAAUGCGGAGAAGAUGGGUAUUGUCUUGAGAAAUGAACUCAUGAAGCUGCCCUCUGAUAUUGUGACUGCUGUGAGAGGGAAAGGGCUAUUAAAUGCAAUUGUCAUUAGAGAAACCAAAGAUUAUGAUGCUUGGAAGGUGUGUCUGCGGCUUCGAGAUAAUGGGCUUCUGGCUAAGCCCACCCAUGGCGACAUCAUCAGGCUUGCUCCUCCGCUGGUGAUCAAGGAGGACGAGAUCCUGGAGGCGGUGGAGAUCAUUAACAAGACCAUCCUGUCUUUCUGAGGGUGGGACCUGUUUAGUGGCUCCUGGGGGCUGGCUGGAGAUGGGGGUCCUGAGACAGCCCAGCUCUGAAUGCCAGCACAUUCUACUCCCACAUGCCUUCAGAGACUGUUUUGGGACAUAUAUUUUUUUCAGUUGAUACUUAGUAGAGAUACUGCAGGUGGCUCUGUGGCACAACUAAGAGAAUGAAUGGCAUCUACAUGUGGUUUAGUGUUCUGAGGCAUAUGUGCUUUCUAAGGUGAGUUGCAUCUAUCUGCAUAGAGACAGCCUUCAAAUCAAGUCCUUCAGUAUAAUUUAUAUACGUUUUAUAAUUUCCUUGCCUGGCAUAAAUGUUUUGUAUUUGAAAAAGUUAUCUGAGAUAUUACACAAAAGACUUGCUUGACUUUAUAACAUUGAAUCAUUGUAAUCACUGAACAUUAGGAUGAUUAAUGUUAAAACUAGUUUGAAGUAAACUUCAUAUUGGCCAACACCAGAGUAUUCUACGGAUAUCAUCAUUUCUAAUUAAGAAUUCAUUCCUAAAUUAUGUUUUAAGUCCUUGAUGAUAAUUUGUAAAAAUAUUGCUUGUUUUAAAUAUUUCUUUAAAUUUAAAAUAAAGCUUUUAUUUACAAUGUCAACCUCUUGGGGAAUGUUCUUACCUUGCUUUAUUCCUGUGUUUUCUAAGAGCAUUUCAGCUUUCUUUGGUGACUUGUAGAAAGAUAGGAAUUAGAAAAAGAAAAUACAAGACUCUCCUAUACCCCUUUCAGAACAGUGGCUUUUUUCCUGUGCAUAGAUACCAUUUUUCUUAAAGUUACCCUUUCUGUAUGUAAUGUUUUACAACUUUACUAUUUUUCUUUUUACCCAGAGUUUUGUAUUUCUGGUCAUUAUAAAUUCAUCUAUUCUGUGUGUGUGGAUGUGUUACAAUUCCAUCUCAUAUUGGGGCCUUUUAGCUUGUUACAGGCUUUUCGCUUCUUAAAUAAAGCUUGUGACUACUUCA